GGAGGAUGUCCCGGCGGGCAGUGCGGUGUGUCAGCUGACAGUCGGUGUGAGGUGGAGGAGUAGAGCCCGGAUGAGAGGUGCUGUGGAUGGGGGAGCUGUAGAGUGACAGGCCACACACUGGAGACAUGUACAGAGGAGAGGAAACUGCCGUUUGAUCAGGUUUGCACCAUUAUUUUAAAAAUGGGCCCCACACAGUGGGACUUCCCUGUUGAGCUAUGCUGUCGUCCAAUGGCCUUCGUGACUCUCACUGGACUAGAUGUAACCUACAAUGCCAUCCACAGAGCGAUAUGGGAUGCAUUUUGCGCCAACAGAAGAGCAGACCGGGUGCCCAUCUCAUUUAAGGUUCUACCCGGAGAUCACGAAUUUCCAAAGUGUAGGACAAAGAGAACAUCCUAUGAAUGGUACAUUCCUAAAGGCAUUCUGAAGACUGGAUGGAUGAAUAAACAUCUGAAUUUGGUGCCUGCUCUGGUUGUUGUGUUUUAUGAGCUGGACUGGGAUGAGGGCCAGUGGAAGGAGAAGCAGUUAGAAUGUGCAACCAGGGUGGAAAUUGUAAGGCAAAGCUUGCAAGGAAGGAAUACAAAGGUUGCCGUGGUUUUAAUUCAGAAGAAAACACCAUUACCACCAGGUGAAGAUCUGAUUGCUUCAGAACGGGCUGCUUCUCUUUGCAAUGCCUGUGAUCUUUCGGGGAAAUCUCUCUUCGUGCUCCCGCACACUGACCACUUGGUGGGCUACAUUAUUAGGUUAGAAAAUGCAUUUUAUGAGCAUGCACAGACCUAUUACUACACUGAAAUCAGAAGGAUAAAAUCCCAUAAGGAGUUCUUAAAUAAAACCACUCAUCAGCUGCUGUUUGUAAGGCAUCAGUUUAAGAUUGCUUUCUUCAGUGAACUGAAACAGGAUACACAGAAUGCCUUGAAGAAUUACCGGACAGCCUAUAACCUUGUACAUGAACUGAGGGCUCAUGAAACAAACAUGUUGGAGAUUAAAACUAUGGCUGGCUUCAUAAACUAUAAGAUCUGCCGCCUGUGUUUCCAGCACAACACCCCUCUAGAUGCCAUUGCUCAGUUCAGAAAGCACAUUGAUUUGUGCAAGAAGAAGAUAGGCAGUGCUGAGCUGUCGUUUGAGCAUGCUGCCUGGAUGUCUAAACAAUUCCAGGCUUUUGGGGACUUGUUUGAUGAAGCUAUUAAGUUGGGGCUGACUGCCAUUCAGACACAGAAUCCCGGCUUCUACUACCAACAGGCUGCACAUUACGCACAGGAGCGCAAGCAUCAAGCUGCUCUUCUUUGUAAUCACAGUCCUUCUGUGGUUUAUCCUAACCCAGAUCCUCUGGAGACGCCUAAUGGAGCUCUGGAUUUCUAUGGACAGAGGGCAUGGAGGCAAGGAAUACUAAGCUUUGACCUUUCUGAUCCGGAGAAAGAAAAAGCGGGCAUUCUUGCUCUGCAGCUUAAAGAGAAAGAUGUCGUUCACUCGGAGCUCAUUAUCAGCCUCCUGAGCAGUGCUGUAGCUCAGUUCAAGAAAUACAAGUGUCCCAGAAUGAAGAGCCACUUAAUGGUGCAGAUGGGAGAAGAAUAUUACUUCUCUAAAGACUACACUAAGGCCUUGAAGUUGUUGGACUAUGUCAUGUGUGAUUAUCGCAGUGAGAGAUGGUGGACGCUACUGACUUCUAUAUUGACCACAGCACUAAAAUGUGCUUAUCUUAUGGCACAACUAAAAGACUAUAUCACCUAUUCACUGGAGCUGCUUGGAAGAGCUUCAACACUGAAAGAUGAUCAGAAGUCCAGGAUUGAGAAGAACCUGAUUAAUGUGUUAAUGAACGAGAGUCCUGAGCCAGAGCCAGAUUGUGAUGCCUCCAUGGUAAAAACUGCACAACGACUUUGGACAGACAGAGUUUCUCUAGCGGGUAGCAAUGUGUUUACCAUUGAGGUUCAGGACUUUGUGCCAUUUGUGCAAUGCAAGGCCAAGUUCCUGGCCCCAAGUUUUCAUGUUGAUGCUCCGGUGGAGCUGUAUGUUUAUCUGAAAACAGAUUGUCCACAUCCAAUCCGAUUCUCCAAGCUCUGUGUUGGGUUUAGUAACCAGGAAUAUAACCAGUUCUGUGUAGUGGAAGAGCAGUACCAAUCAAGCGAUAUUCUGGAGCAGUCAGCACAGGGAACAAUGUGUCUGGUGCCAGGAAAGACCAGAAAAUUCACAUUUAAAUUUGUGGCCAAAACUGAAGAUGUUGGAAAGAAAAUGGAGAUUACAUCAGUGGAUCUAAUCCUGGGGAGUGAAACCGGUCGUUGUGUGAUUCUAAACUGGCGAGGGGGUGGAGGAGAUGCAGCCUCGGCUCAAGAGGCAGUGCAGGCGUCACGCUCUUUUAAGCGAAGACCAAAACUACCAGAAACUGAAGUACAUUGGGAUAGUAUCACAAUCCAAGCAAGCACCAUGAUUAUUUCUAGAACACCUAAGUUGUCUGUCUUGUUACGUCAUGAGCCGCCUGCGCUAAAUAAUGAAAUUUACUGCCUGAUGAUAACAAUACAAUCUCACGAGGAGACAGUCAUCAAGGAUGUAAAGCUGACUGCAGGACUUAAACCAGGGCAGGAUGCCAAUCUGACACAGAAGACUCUGGUUACGCUUCAGGGAGCAGAAACGUGUGAUGACUCAAGCCCGGCUUUGCUCACUGACAUCCCAAUCGGAAACCUGCAGCCCGGAGAAAAGCUGGAAAUGCCUCUAUACAUCCGCUGCGGUACUGUUGGCACACGAGUGUUCCUGGUUUAUGUUUCCUACUUGAUAGACACAUCUGUAGAGGACAAGGAUAUCAUCUGCAGAUGUCACCGGGAUGAAACGGUUACCAUUGAGACUGUGUAUCCAUUUGAUGUUGCUGUGAAAUUUAUAUCCAUAAAGUUUGAACAUUUAGAUCGUGUCUAUGCUGAUAUACCCUUCUUACUAAUGACGGAUAUCUUGAGUGCUUCCCCAUGGAGCCUCACCAUCCUCUCCAGCCAGCUCCAACUCUCAUCAUCUGUGGCACCUGUGGACGAGCUGGAAUCCCACAUGGGAAAUGUUGUCUUACAGACUGGAGAGAGUGCCAGUGAAUGUUUCUGCCUCCAGUGUCCUCCUGUAGCAAAUCCUCAGAAUGGUGUGGCCACUGGCAGCUAUAUUAUAUCUUGGAAGAGGAGCUCAGCUGGAGAAAAUGUACCAGUUGUCAACACCGUGGUAACACUGCCACACGUGAUGGUAGAAAGCAUUCCACUCCAUAUUAAAGCAGAUCUCCCAUCUUUUGGAAGAGUAAGAGAGUCUCUGCCAGUAAAGUAUCAUCUACAGAACAAGACCGGGCUAGUUCAGGAUAUUGAAAUUGCAGUGGAGCCAAGCGACGCCUUCAUGUUUUCUGGACUCAAGCAAAUUCGACUCCAAAUCCUUCCUGGUGCUGAGCAGGAGAUGCUGUACAAUUUCUACCCACUAAUGGCGGGAUACCAACCACUGCCAUCUCUUAACAUCAAUCUUCUGAGGUUUCCAAACUACACCAGUCAUAUGUUGAAGCGUUUCCUACCCACCCAUAUAUUUGUGAAGCCACAAGGCCGUCGUGUGGACGAGGACUCCAUAGAGGCCGCAUAGGAAGACGAAUCCAGUGUUUUCCUCUCUCUCAUAUCUGUUCAUCUCUCAAGUUUUUUUGUUUCUGACUGAAGGCUGAAAACAUUUUUUUUAUUGGGACUUUGUGAAGUGCUCUUUUACAAGAUGUAUUUGUUAAUUUUGUUUAACAGUAUCAGAAUUCAGGCAAAGCACUACCCUCAAACAAUUGUAGCAGUCAGUAUAUGAUUGCAUAGGUUUCUGCAAAUUCUUGCUUGGCUACCGGAGCUUUGUUCUUGAUUUCCAGUUACCAUCUCUAUUUAGAAAGCAAGGAUUAGGCUGUGUAUAGCAUGCACAUAUUAGUCCUAUGUUGGUAUUCUUAUAGACCUGCAGCAACCUAACAGUAAGUAUUUUCAUUUUUUGUUACCUGCUAAGCAGCCAGCCUUUGUAUGCAACUUCAGAUUCUUGUAUUUAUUGGCUGUUUAUGGCAGUACAACAUUGGCUAAAAUGCAUAUCUCAUGAUUCUUUACAAGACUAAACAACUCCCUGUAUACAUGUUGUUUUUAUUUGCAAAUUAUAUCAAAGCAGGGUAUUUUUAGCAAUACCAAAAUGCGUAAGUCAGCCAUUCUCAACCAAGGUUCCGUGGGACCCUAGGGUUCCUCCAGAGGUUGCUAGGGGUUCCUUGAGCUGUGACUGAUUGAUCUCCUAUGUGAUGGUUCCUGCAAUGUUUCAGGAUCGGUGCCACUUGACAGAUCCAGUUGCUUGACACCAAUGAUCUUUUUAGCUUUCUGUAAGGCUGGCAAUCUGACCAUUACUGUAAAGUGGGCAUUCUUCCCACUGACCACCAAUGUAAGGGGCAUUUUUGUCAUUAACCACCGAUAAACUGGCUUUAGCAGGGGUUCCACAAGACUUAAACAUUUUUUCAAGGGUUCCUUUGGGGUUAAAGGGUUGAGAAAGGCUGGCAUGAAAUGUAUAACAGUGUGACUAAGCAGACGAUAAACUGUAUGUAGAAGAAGGCUAAUGGGAAUGAAAAACUGCUGCUCUUUAGACUGAAAUUGUUCAGAUGGCCAAGUGGUUGCAAGUAAAACACACCUUUUAAAAGGGCUUCUGGAAGGAUCUGAAAUUGUCAUUGGUUGGGGUUAUAUAUAUAUAUGUUGGCGAUAUUAAAUGGAUCCAACAUCUGCAGUAAAGUACGCCAUGCGUAUGCCUGUUUGGUAACUAUUUGUGGUUAUUUUCACUGGUCUGAGCAUUCUAAUAAUGCUGAUGAAGCAGUCACUUGUAUUAUCUAAUCAAAAUGUAUGGAGCCCUUUCCUUUGUUAAAAAUUAGCCCCUCCUAAUAUGAAUUAAAUUAUACAGAGUUUAUUAAAAGUAAAUUAUGCGUUA